GAGAACCCGUGCGCGAUGUCGUCCGAAAAGAGAGCCGGCCAGGGUUUCACCUUCAUCAAACGCGGCCACAGCGUCAGGACCAAGGAGAAGAAGAGAGAGGAGGAAGGCACCCUGACCAGAUGGCUCCGCGAACUGAGGGGCGGCGCCGAGCCCAAAACGCAGCCUUUGGACAGGUCCAACCCACUGUACCACAGUGAGGGAAAGGGCCAGAGGGCUAAGAAAAGCAGCAGGGACAAACGGAGACACAGCUUCAACCAGAAGCCGCAAUCAACAAAUACAAGGUGCUGCGGCGAGAAGGAGGAUGGGGCAGGAAGGAAAGCAAGAGGACCUGCCAUGACAGGAGGAACGGCCAAAACGUCCUCCCAGUACAUCAUCAACACCUCGCCCCCGGACCGCUGUCGAUCGGGAGCCAAGGGGCAUGAGAAGGGGUUGUCUUGGGGAGGAGAGGAGUCGCCAUCCGUCCGGCAGCCGAAGAACAAUUCAUUUUCGAAGCAGCUUAAAACUGUGAUGGAGCGAUGUGAGAAAAUGCCUCCUGGUGACAAGUUCUUGCCCAAAGUUGACAGAGAAGGAAAAUCACUGGGUGACAGCGACUACGCCAUACCAUCACCGCCUGAAAGGGAUCUUUCCCAUCUUGACCACUUUGGGAAAUACAAUGAAACUCGACUCUCACAGCUGAGCAUUGAUGGCGGAUACGAUGGGUCACAGACAUCGCUGACAAGGGCAGAGUUAGAACAAUACACUCGAGCGUAUGAGGAUGUAAGGCCACCGUCUCAUAGCCAACAGCCAUCGUAUGCACAGAGUGAGGGCUACCACAGCUAUGUGUCAAGUGCUGAUUCGACCACAACAACCCCUUUUCUUGAUAAGCUGCGGAGAGAGAACGUCGAGACCAGCGGAGGAGGGAGGGAAUCUUCAGCCAGUUCCGGUUCUUCGAGUGAGACUCUCAAAUGGCAUGGUUCAAUGUCUGAUGUGUCUACAAGCCAUACUCAGCACAUUGCACACUCUGCAAGAGUACCAAUGCCACAGAGGCACCACUCGGAGAGUGUACUCUAUCUUGAUCCUUGGCCACAGCAAAACAAUAUAAACAAUCAGAUGCGGAGACUCUUUCCCGUUACCACCUAUGAACCUACUUCACCAAGGCAAUUGAUAGAAUCGUAUUCAUCAUCUCGGUCACCUCCAAAGCUCUCGGUUGCAGAGAGGAUCUGCGAAAUAGAGAGGCAGUCAAGGGGCCCAGAGGAGAAGAGGAAAGGCAUGACUGAUCACGCUUCACUAAAGGCUAUUCAAAAGAAAGCACUCCUAUCUUUCUAUGAGAGGCAUCAUUCUGCUUGGAAGUCAGAACCACAAUUGACCACACCAAGUAUUCCACCUCAGCCACCACCAAGGCCUCAGCCUCUUCCAUCAACCACAAGUAGGAGGUCCUCUUCAGCCUCUGACUAUGCUGGAGCAAUGAAAAGAGAUAUACCACGAAGCCAUCAUGAUCUCUCUAAAGUUGAGAGCAAUGGGAUGCGAGAAUCUAAACAUCAGCACAGCUCAAGUUGCGGUUCCUUGUCAACAGCAGUACUUGGGCCGAUGAUUAUAGGCCCGUCAAUAUCGGUCGAUGACUGGGUGCCUGCGAGACCACCGAAGAAACCCCAUUUAAGGGUCGCCUAUCCACCUCCAAGACCCAUGAGCCCUGACCUACCACCCCCAUCACCACCACCAGUUACAGAGGAAGAAGUUUUCUACUCAGAUGAACCUCUUCCACCACCACCUGUUGAAGAACUCCUACAUCCUUUGACUGUAUAUAAUGAUAAGGGAAAGUAUGACAGGGCAAUGAAUGCUUCAAUCAGUCUUGAUAAUCUGACCAGAUCGGAAUCGAAGCCAACCCUAGUCCAUUCCAAGUCUCAGGAAAACCCCAGGCAUGAUGUAUAUUAUGAAAACGGUAGUGAGCUAAAAAGGCACAACUCACAUGACCAUUCAAAGAAAAAUGGUUUUAAUUCAUAUAUGGAUAAAUUUAAUGAAAAAUAUGUCGAGAGCAGGAUAGAAACGUUACACUCCUACAAUGAACCAUUAGAGAUUUGGGAAAAAAAGAACUAUAUGGACAUGAGAAGAUACAGCUCUGAAAAGAAACUUCCUUCUGAAAGCCAUUACAGAGGGGGUUUGAUGUCUCCACCAUUACCGAAUAAGGGUAAAAGACCUCAUGCAAAUAGUGAACAGCCAAGAUCAUUAGACAGCAACUUGACCAUACUAGAGAGCAAUAAUGAAGUGAACAAGCCAGGCCCACAAACACCGAUUGGGAAAAAGUUCCCAUCAAGUGCAGAAAAAAUAACCUACAAGAACAUCAGGGAGCAUUUCAUUCGUGCGAAUCUCCACAACGAACCAAUUACGAAUUCACCAGAGAGGCAAUCGCUGAGGAUCACAACAGCUUCACAAAAGCUGCUAGUCAACGGGAAGAUAGCCAAUGCAGUUCACAACGGCAAAAUAUCCCCACCGUCGAGAAAGGCUAACCUCGUCCGCACACCGAGUGAUGUUGUAAGAAGGGUGUCCUACUCGAUUGGCAUUCACCAUGCAGAACCGAUUGGAAAACAACACUCUGAACUAUUAAGCAAAGAUCAUACGCAUUUGUCCAAACCUGUACCGCUCGAACCGAAUUUACCUGAAAAAACAAGCCCAGAGAAACCCGCAUCAGAACCACAAGCAAAACCAUCAGAGCUCUUCGCAAAGUCACCACCAUCUCUUCCUCCACAUUGUCCUCCUACAACCCUUCAACUGAGUCAAUCAAAAGCUUCCUACCUCGCUUACAGGAGGGAGCCGAAGGAGAAGGAAAAAGGUCUGCCCAACUUCCAGGGGAGCUACAAAAGGACGAUGUCACCCACAGGUGGAAGGAUCAUCGAAAACACCGUUGAGAAAACAAAAUUGAGUGAGAUAGAAAUCAAAAAGGAUGUAAUAAUCAACGAAAAUGAGUUGGAGGACAAAAAUGAAUCCAAGGAGAUACCAGCUAGUCAGGGAGAAGAGGUGAACUGUGAUAAAGAAGCGAUGUCGAAGACCCUGCCCAGGAACUACUCAUUGUCUGUAGUAGUGAGCAAAAGAGCUUCGAGACCCCCAAGGGCACAAUCAGAUCCAACUUCAUCAGCAAAAGUUGAGAAAAAGAUGGUCUCUGUUUCGGCGUCGACACAAGACAACCUCGAUGAGGCAGGUGAAGAGUUCAAGCCACCGCCAGCAGUCAUCGGGAGGUCCCAGAGCGAUCGGACUGGAGAGUCGAGGGUGAGUGACGCCGCAUCUCAAACAACCCCCUCGCCAUCGCCUCCACCACCCGUUGUCCUGAGAAGGCAGCUUCAGGAAGAAAUUGAGUGCGACCAACUGUCAAGAGACCUGGCAAGCCAGCUAUCUCCGUCGCACAAACUACAUGGUAUCUUAGUUCCUGGUCCUGAAGUUAAAAGGACAACUGAUUAUGUGUCUGGACUCUUUCGCAUGGAUUUUGCACCAAGAUCGAGAAGUUCUAUUGCAACACAGUCCACUCCAACACAAACCAACGGAAAAGAAGAUACAAAUGAAACUUUACCCCCGAAUAAUGCCUAUUUCAACUCAGAAUGCAAAGCCCGCUUGAUGUCUUUAGCAAAUAAUGCUCAACCUGACAACAGCAUAUCAUCAAUAAGCAGUCUUCAGCAAAAGAAGGAGGAGUUAAUGAUGAGACUCUCAAGAAAAUUGAGUGUAUUGAGGGAAGAAUCAAUAGCAGUAAAUGAAGAAACUAGUGUCAAUGAAGCACUUGGCGUGACGGUCACAGAAAGGAUCGAAAAAGUUGCGAGGCCCCAGGAAGCCGCCAAAUUCAGACUUCACGUCAAAGAAGUUGGACACAUCACAAGUCUCUUAUUAAGUCUUUCAGGGCGGCUUGCCAAAGCUGAAAAUGCGCUGUUAACGUUAACGCCGAAUCAUCAAGACCGGAAAGUCUUAGAAGAAAAGAGAGACAAGCUUCUCUGCCAGUUGAAUGAGGCGAAGCAGCUCAAGUCAAACAUCGACCAAAGGAGUUGCAGCGUUUCAUCAAUGCUCUACAAUUACCUUACCGGCGAGGAAUACACCGAUUAUGACCACUUUAUCAAUAUGAAAUCUAAACUUUUGGUCGAUGCUAGAGAGAUCGCAGAGAAGAUACAGCUUGGAGAAGAACAGUUAGCUGCUUUAAAAGAAACACUCGACCAAGUCAGAUAGUAAUUCAAUAAAGUUUAUAAUAGGAAAGAUUGUUUAUGCAAUCUGAGACUGAAUACCAUGAAUUUUUAUUUUGUAUUAAUUUGUGAAUAACCAAAAUCGAUUAUGAAAAUAAUAAGCUGAAAAUUAGAAAAA